UUUGAUGAGAUGAGGUUUGCUGUCCUCAUUGUUGCGAUAGUAAAUGAAAACAUAGGAACAGUUGUUUUUCGCUGACAGGGCGUAGUGUAGUGAUGAUUGUUCAUCAGCUUUGUGAGAUUAGUUGCUAACUUGCGUAACACACGGAGUUAUUGUACCUGUUUCGCCUUAUCAGUGUCGUAGAAAUGGUGCAGUUUUUUACAGCAAUGAAGUUACUGCAUUGUUUCCAUUUUCAAUGGACAAGAUGUUUAAUAUUAGACAGACAGUUUGAAGUCUUUUAUUAAUCUGCAAAGAGAAGAAAUUAUCCAAAUGCUGUAUAUUGUUAUGGCCGACUGGAAAUGUGUGCGACAGGAGCGUGCCGAACAUUUUUUCUGUAAAUGUAUCGCCUGCAAAAGGUGGAAACAUCACUGUAGAUAACCACAGAAAUAUGAGCUGGCUUCGCAGUAGCCCUCUGCGGGCUAGCUUUAGCAAGCGGAGACAGUCCAAUUCUCCUCCUAAGGACUGUGAUCCUGUUGCAUGCUAUGAUACUUUCUGUAAGCAUUGGCAGCAGGUUGCUGAUAUCAUUGAACGUACACAGCCACCAUCUCCAUGCCCAUCUCAGGAUGAUGUGGUCAGUGUUGUCAAUCAUUUGGCCCAGAUGGCAACAUUAUUAAUGCUUGAGAUGCAGUCCCCAUCUCCUCCAGUUUCCAGUUGUGCAGAGCGCAUAUCAUCUCUCUCUUGCCUGGAAUACCUACUGUCACAGAAUUUAUUGAAUAAACUUUACACCUGGAGCUUAAGUGCUGGGAGGUAUGGUUCAACCCUCCGUUUGGAGCAGCUGAAACUAUAUGAGUUGCUGGCUGGCUGCUCUGGGGAACGAACUCACGGGCGAAGUUUGCUGGCUAAUGAAGCAUUUUUGCGACCAUUGCUAGAAUUACUGACAGCGUGUGCUGGUGAAUGCUUUCCUGGUGAAGUUGAGAAUCGUAUUGUUGUCCUGCUUAAUCAGCUGUGUGUGUCUCUUGUUCACGACACUGAUCUCAUGCAAAAGUUCUUCUCAUCUAGUCCAGAAUCUGAGGGAUCCAGGUUUGUUGUCUUUGCCCUGCUGAUACCAUUUGUGCACCGUGAAGGAGGUCUUGGCCAGCAAGCUCGUGAUGCCCUGUUGCUGUGCAUGGCAUUGUCAGCAACUGAUGAUAGUGUUGCCUCAUACAUCUCGACUCGUUCAAAUGUUUGUCCGGUGCUGGCAACAGGUCUCAGUGGCUUGUACUCACGCCUGCCACGUAAAUUGCUGGUUGCAACUGAUGACUGGCAUCGUCUAACGCCUGACGAUGUUGAUGCCUUGCCAGAGCUGUCGGCAUUCCUCAAUUCAGUUGAAUUCUGUAAUGCUGUUGUACAAGUUGCUCACCCAACAGUAGGAGCACAGCUCCUUGAAUUCUUACAGCAAGGUUUCCUUGUACCUGUUCUAGGUCCUGCAUUAUUACAGGUAAGGAGCUCUCCUGAAGAGUUGGUUGCCGCAACAGCCUAUUUGGACUUGUGCCUGCGUAGCGCCACAGAACCUGGUUUACUGAGAGCUCUGAUCCACUUUCUGCUGAAGCACGAAUAUGAUGGAUCCCGUCUCCUUGAUAGUCUUGUGGCAAGAAUUGCAUCACCUUCUCCUCGGUUGUGCCUUGUGACUGUUGCACUCUUCGAGACAUUGGCUGAUUUUGACUGUGAAGACAUCAUGCUAGAGCUCGUGUUGCGUCAUUUGGUUCCAUGCCACCAUGUGAUGGUAUCUCAAAGGGUCCGAAUACGUGAUCUUGCUCCAUACUGCCAGAGUGCUGUUCGUUUCCUGUCACUUUCACCAGCAGCUCUGCGAGGAGGUAUAGGAGUCAGUGCCAGGAAUGAUGGACCUCCUUCGUUGCCAGUUCCCCAGAGGCCAAGACACCGACCUCGUCUUAGUCUUGGUGGUCAGGAGCGUGAUGGUCCUCGUUCCCUACCACCUACUACACCUCCUAGUUUGUAUGGUGAUUAUGGAGCAUAUCUCCGUGAUGCUAGACGCAGGGUAUUAGCAUGUAGGGCAGCUUGCAGAACCUGGUCUCAUGCUUAUGAUGGGGAGGACCCACCACGGGACAGAGUGGGACCUACUGAUGGACAAGUGGAUUGUGAAGCUUCAUUACCUGUAGAUUUAAAUGGGAAGGUAGACUAUGAUUCCAGUGCAAAGUCUGAAGUUGACAGGUUGCAUGAUGAGAGAGAUGUUAAAAAUGCAGAUAUAAAUUCUGUAGCAGAGUGCACAUUGCAGACGGAUGACAAGGGUUUAUCACAAGUUGAAUACACUCAACAAAAAUCCAACAGCAUAGGAGCUUCCUCUAGUGAUAAACAUAGAGCGAUACAGAUUGAACCAAAGGCUGAACUUCCUCACUCUGUCAGUGCAGAACUUUCUUCUCAGUCACCAUCAGCAGAAAACAUGAAGCUGAAUGGUACAUUGGAAGCAGUCAGGAAGUCUGUCUCGGAACCAAGAAUUCUAUCAAGGGCAUUGUCGGUGACUACUGGACCACCAGAUAUUGGUCCAUUCCUUGACACUUUACUGCGAAAACUGGAAACACUGCCAUCAAAUGGCCUGUAUGUGAACCUGCAUUUGACAGGCCUGGUUUCUCGCCUUGCAGUCUAUCCACAGCCACUGCUGCAUUCAUUCUUAUUGAAUCAUUCACUCGUUUUUCAACCCAGCGUUCGGUCGCUGUUUCAGGUUCUGGGGUCAUUGAAGCAUCGGCUGGAUGCAACCCUGUCUCGAGCUCCUGGCCGUGCAGAGCAGUUGGUAACUGAUGCAAGAGAUUUCUUACUGGCUCGUGAAGAACGCCUCGCCAAUGCCCGACGUGCUGUUGUGGCUACAGCUGGCUCAUCACCUGAUCCAUCUGGCAAUAAUUUUAUCAGGGGAGAGAGCAAAAGGCGAAGCUUCACAUCUACAUUAUCAUCAGUAUUCCGUCGAGCUGGUGUUUCAGUCCCUGUACAUAGCCUAAGUAACCAGAUCUCAGAGACACCAGAUGGGCGCCCUAUGAAUAAUAGCAGCCAGCAUUCAAGCCCUCGUAACAGUUGGCUGGAAACUGGAGAAGUACGCUCAGCAGCCAUGUGUGCAGUGUUGUUAGAUGAAUGGCUGAAAGAAUUGGCAGCAAUAACACAGGAACAGGCUUUGGCAGGCCUUGCACCAGAUGUUAUUGAUACACCAGUGGAUGGCGCCGUGUGGUGAGAAUGCAAUCAGACGUUAAUGGAGAAGGAAGCUUGCCAUGUGAAACAAAAUAUGUAAGGUGCUGAUUAUUUGCUGUAUUUUAAAAUGUUUAUGAAUGUUAAGUACCUUCUGGCAGAAUAUUUAUUUCUACAAGUGAUAAAGUUGAUAUUAAAGAUGACAAAGUAAAUGUACAGGUUAUUCUAAUUUAAAACUGAUUAACUGCUCAUAAAAAUAUAUAUUAUAUUAUGUGAUAUGCUAUAAUAAUUUUAAAAUAAACAACUCAUCCUUUGUAAAAUAUCGUUACAUCUUGUGUUUUAAUGAGUUUGAAGUGUGAUUCUAGAAAACGACUUAUCUGUACGUCUUGCCAUUACAGAUGUUGCCCUGUAAAUAAUGGUGAUGAAUUAAUGUUUUGCAAGAUUCGAGUAAAUUUUGAAUGUGUGUGUUUUAAUCGGGCUACAGCAGACUGACAGAAAUAUGUAAAAAUUAAAAGGCUUGUUAGUUUUCAAAGUGUUGAAUACCUUAUUGCGGUGAAAUGUGGAGGGAAGGAUUUUAAGAACUGGGACUUUGUAUGGAAUAUGCAUAAACAUUAUCUAGUAUAAAACUGCUUGCUGUAAGACCUAUAUAUUUCUGUCAGUGUGCUGGGAGUUGUUACCAUUAAAUGGGCUGAAGUUGAUGGGUUUUGGGUUUUAAAUUUAAAAUAUUUCCGAAACUAAUAAAAUUAAUAUAUUAGGUUGUCUUUCAGAGUUUGGGUAUUGAGCUCUAGUAAUGAAAGUUUUGGUCUUUACUACUUUUUACUCUAACAGAUCGUAAAAUUAAAAAAACCUGAUUAUCUGUUAUGCAAUAAUUGUGGGUUGUUUAUGACUCUAGGCUGGCUUUGAUUGCUCUGAAACUGUAUCAGUAAUUGAAAAAUAAAUCUGCCAUAAUAAUUAAAGUUAAUACUAACUCCAGAGUAAUGUACAAAAAAAAGUUUAAGGAUAAAAAAGGGGCCACAAAUUUGCUUUGUGAAAUUUCGGAGAAACGAACACUCUUCUUCAUUAGCACUAAAGGCUGUCUGACCAGCGUGUGUUUUAUCAUGAUGACUAUGAAUUGUUUUUACGGGUUCCUUUGGGAAUUUUAUAGCCUUGGAUAACCUUGUUAAUGCUUAUUUUUCCAUUUAAAAUUUCAGUGGAACACAGUUCUAAAACAUCCAGACUGUAUUUAUUCAGUUCACCCUAUUCAUUAUUAUACACAUGCAGUAUUUUCACACUGAUAAGUCUUACAAUCUUAACAGUAUGAGGCAACAAACAGUAUUAGGCACAAACAGAACUGCAAUCUGUAUAACAAAUUCAUAAGUUAACAUACAGAUAUUUGCAAGAAUGACUUCCUCACUCCACCACUAGACUGUUAAAAGACAUUUGUUGGUGCAUCCACUGCGUCACAUUGUUGCUAUGUUUAUUAUGUUACAUUCUUGAUGCAUUCACGAAUGUUUGUUCUUAAAAGAACUGCUUGAGAAAAGACAGUCAAGUCCAUCCUGAUUUCAGCAAGAAUUUGCAAAGUUUUAUUUAUAUGUCUAUAAAUAGGUAACAAAAAUAGAUUACCUUUUGUUACUGCUCUCGUUGUCAUUGUGAAGGACCAAUGCAUGGUAUACAGAAGAUCUAGGCACACAAGUCGUUUUAUGCCAGUAAUACAAAUAAAAGUUUCAGCUCAGUAAAAAAAGUUAAAAAGUCAGUACUUCUGAAAAGAUUACUAUUCAGAUAGAGAUUUGCAAUACUGUACAUCUAGCCAUUGACAUGAACAGUAAAUAUAAUAACUAAAGUACAAGAAUUUUAGUCGCCAAUGUGGAGUUAAUUUAAUAUAAAAUGUUUUUUGAGCUUCUAUGGCCAGCUUCAGCCCAGUCAUCAACUUCACCCCAUUUGGUGGUAUAUACAUAUUUUAGCCACCUUUAUUGGUUAUAGUUUACUUCUGGACAGUUCUCUUGUUUCCAGAAGGAGAUUUUCACUCUGCAGCGGAGUGUGCGCAGAAGUAAAGCUGUGAGUACCGGGCGUGAGUCGUGCUUCGGUAGCUCAGAUGGUAGAGCACUUGCCCGCGACAGGCAAAGGUCCCGAGUUCGAGUCUCGGUCGGGCACACAGUUUUAAUCUGCCAGGAAGUUCUCUUGUUUGUCUAUGCCUUUUCUGUUUACUUAGAUUUAGUACAUUGUUUAUGUAUUUAUUGAAGUAAACAUUUAACUUGAAAGUGUUGGUAAUCUGUGUUGUGAUACUUCAUUGUCAUUAUUCAUUGUUUCUUUAUGUGAAAAUGGAUUCCUCACCUAUAUUUAGUGGAAAAUUUGUUGCUCUAACAUCAUUAACUGUUGCCUUCAGUAGUGCAGAUUGUAUAUUCUUUGGAAAGUUAUUUUUAAAAUGUUAAGUGCAUCUAUCUUUGAAAUUAAUGGCAGUAUGUUUUAGAGUUGUUAUGUAUUAUAUCAGAGGCAGAAUUGUCUUAGAAUCAUGGAAUAGUAUCAAAAUGUGUUGUGAUGCAUAAACAAAAUAUUUAUUUUAGGACAGACUACAGUAUAUAAUAGUGAUGGUGAAGUUACCUUGAAAUAUCUGAAUUACAGUUUGACAUCUUUGGAACACAGAAUGACAUCUUAUUGAAGACAAAUUUUAGACUGACAGAGGAAAACAAGAUUUUUCGGUUACCGUGGGUAUUUUCUAGAAAGAUUAAAAUGUUUAUGUACUAAAAACACCAGUGAGAAUGAGUAGCAGAAAUUUGUAAUAAUACUGAUGUUUUACUACUAUCUUGUAUGGAAAUCUAACUUUUUCCAUUUCAUUAAAAAGGAAUGCUUUGAUGCCCAUCCUGUAAUUCAUUCCUGUUAAAUAAUGUUUUCUUGUUUAUUUACUAUUUUUUGAAGAGAAAACAAAGUAGGUUUACAUGUUUUAGGAAUUAAAUAUUGUGUACUCAGUACAGUAGUGUGACAUAGUUUUAAUAUUAUGAAUAAUAUUAAAACUGUCACACACUACACCAUGUGGCUAUGAUAGUAUUUGUGGACCAUAUGUAUUGGAGAUAGUUCAAGUCCUGAUAAGUUGGGCCACCAGUUUAUAUGUUUUUAUGAAAGCAAUGCAUUAGUGGUGAAAAUGUGUAAUUUCUAUAUUGUACCUCUUACACUUGGCAUUUGAAUAUGAGGUGCCAAAUUUUCUGUCCAUGCUACAACCAUGCUGAUGAUAAAGUGCUGAGCUUUGAAAGCUUUUUUAAUUACAUAUGAAGAUGUGAAACUUUCAGAAAUAUUAAAGAGCAUAUUUUGUGAAGAAUUUUAUUAUUGGAAGCAGGAUUUUAGUGUAUUGUAUUAUUGUAUUUUAUCUUGCUAUUUGAUCUGUUUGAUUUCCAUAAAUCGUAUAUAGGCUCAUUGAACAUGGGGUAAUCAGAUUACUGUGAGCAAACUCAGUGUACUGCAAGGAAUAUAGUGAAGUGCAGAAUAGGGAUCACAUAAGCUCGGUUGUUAGACGUGUGCAGCUCAAGCAUGUACACUUUUCCCCAUUUUUAAAGGAGUCUGCUGGUAGUCGUGUAUUUCCCGGUGGGAGGUGGAUUAGAAUAUUGGUGAUUAUUUAAAUUUGUUAGGAUAACCCAUACCCGUGGAAAUUGGACUGCAAAAUAUCUAGUUCGUGUGGUGAGCGUGGUAGUGAUAUUACCAGAUUCCUCUAGAGAUUAUGUUAUCAUAUUUUAUAUAUGUGUGUUUCAUUGUUUUCAGAGCCUUAUUAUAGUAUUGUUGUUACUGCAUUGACGCACACGUAAGGAUAAUACAAUAAUAUUCCUGAUUGGUGAUAAGUCCAUAUUCAGUAAUUUCAAUAACUGAGGGUUCUCAAAAAUGUAAAUAAGAAUUCAACCAUGUUAUCUUGUGAAAAUAAUUUAUUCCACUAUCCUUGGACUAACAGAACCCCGGUGCUUCCGUGGUGAACUUCGAUACCAUGUAAGAGAUUUGUAACAAAAAUACACAGUUGUAUUUCUUUGUGUCAACAAAAUACAGAAACUGUUGGGUUUCCUUGUGACAGAGCGGCAGUUGCUUUAGUGUGAUGUCUAAUCGUCUGUGUGAAACUACACAUUGCAGUAGACAGUUUACUUCCACUUUGGAUGGUUGACGCUGUAAGACUGUGCUUAUUUUGCAGUGAAGUUAAUUUUAACAUUUCUGUAAUCGAUCUUCAAUCAAAAUGAUUCAAUAUUGAAAAUUUUUUGAAACAGAAGGUCCUGUUAAUUCAAUUUUGAAAGCUUCAAGGUGCUUUACUUUCUUAUUUUUGGUGUGAUUAUAGCUUUAUUAAGCACACAGGUAAUAAAACACAUGAGAAGAAGCAUGUCUGUUGUAAAAAUCCUUUUACUGGCAAAAAUUAUUUUGGCAUUGAGUACUGUAUACAUACACGAAUUCAUAUGAAAUAUUCGUUUUUUUCUUAUAACCAGUACUGUGAAUGUCAUUGUGAAGUUUCUUUACAUGUGCUGAUAGUAUUGAGGAUUUGGUGCUGCUGCAGUCCAGAUGAACUUGCCAUCCAUUGUGUAACUCUGUAAUAAAUUUUACUAUUUUGCUAUGUAUUUAGUGCACAUAUUUGUAGCUGUUAAAGUUACAAAUGACUCUUCAUUACUUGGUGUAAAGAAAGUAGCAGGAAGUCCUCAAACUAUGUAUCACUGUGAAUUUAUUUUACAGUUUAUAUUUAACAAUAGCAAGGUUACUUGACUAUUGUGAGGAACAGGAUUUGUCAGUAUGAUGAUAAAAUUUUUACUACUGAUUUGGAUAUUGAUGGAAAUGCACUAACAUCAUUGUCUGUUUGUUGUUGAUAUUUGGAAUGUUGAGUAAGAACAAAUAUCAUUUGUACAUAUAACAAAUAAUGCUAACAACUUUACUUUAAAUUGUACCUGAUCAAAUAUGGUGCUGCAUUUAUAAUCUCUUUGUAGCACCUGUGCCAGAAUUUCCUCAAGUAGUAUAUGUCAAUUUUGAGAUACCAAAAGAUAACAAAAAUCUAAAAUAAAUAAUAAUUCAUGACUUGUUUAAGAUAAAGCAACUAACCACCUAUUUCAUUGUUUGCACAGUUUCACAUCUCCCAAAUGACAUAAGUUUUUAUCAUUUCUUUGUUUAGGGUGUUUUUCUUUCCAUCUCUACUGUUUUAAUGUUAACGGCUUUUGUGCUUCUUGUCUGUGAAACUGACCAAGAAUAUUUUAGAAUAUUAAAAUGGAAGUUUUUUGUAAUGGCUUUUGUUCUUUAACCUCUCACUGAGUUAUCAGAUAGCCUUGCAAAAUGUAAACAUUGUGAUGCUUGUAUUGUUUUCAGGCAUCUCUUUGUUUGGCAACAAAAAAUUUUCACUGAUAGCAUACUUAACAAUAAACCAUGCACAAAAAUGACAAGUUCUUAAAAUACAACAAACUCUGUUAACAUGUAAAUGAUGCUGUGCCAAAUUAAAGUAAAAAAAAUUAAUCCAACUUUUCAGGACAGUUAAGCUAUUUAUAUGACCCUGUCUCCUCCUCUUUUCACAAUGUGUGAAUCAGUUCUGUGAGACUGUUCUUAAAGUGGAACUAGUUGACCGUCCAGAGAGACUUCUGAUCUCACACAGGUACGUCCCCAUACAGAGCUAAAGAUUUGACUCACCUAAGUUUAAUUGGGUGGGGAGAGUCUUGUCCUGUUUUUCUGGCCUAGUCUGAAUUUAAAUUAUGCUGCAAAAUAAUUAUAUUUUGGAUGAUACAGUUAUCUGUGAUGAGAAUCUCCCAGUUUCCUUUAUGUUGUUACUUGUACAUAUGUCUGUCCUGUUACUUUAAUAUUUUUGAAAUUUACGUAAAAUUCUAGGAUUGUUUUGUGCCACUGUUCUUGUGAUUGUUAUUUGAAUGUACAAAAUGCAGAAAAUGGAAUAAAUAACCUUUAUUAUCAUAAAAUAAUGUUAAAUCAGUGUAUUCGUUUUCUAAAGUUGUGACAUAGCAUCGUGGAUUCUUCCCACGCAUUAAGUUUUUUCUACUAAUAAAUAACCAACUGUUUUUCUAA